CUCGAACGUCAUCAUUCGUGGUCUGGAUUCCGUUUUCAUGGCGCUGCCCGUUCACACGUGAAUCUGAGGACGAUUUUUUGUUUGGCUCAUCUGGCGCUAUGACGAAGAGUCAAGGUCUUGUGCUUCAGUCCGAUUCUCACAAAAAAAAGAAACUCAAACUCAAUGUAGAAGAAAUCACAUAUGUACAAGAUGAGAAAAAGGAGGAGAUGAAUGGAAAGAAGAAAAAUAAGAAAAGAAAAGCUGAGGAUGAGGUGCUUGAAACAAGUACACAAUUAAAUGGAGAUCAUGAAGAGAAUAAACGCAAGAAGAAGAAAAAGAAGUCUGAAGUGUGUGUUCCUGUAGAAAGCAUCACAGAGGAACCGCAGGAUACUGAACCGAUGGAGGAAACACACAAGCAGGAAGAUCACACAAAGAAGAAAAAGAAAAAGAAACAGAAGCAGGACUCUGAAGCUGUUGUUCCUGAAUCGGAUCCGGUGACGCCACAGGAAGAGGAAACAAACACACACACUGCUAAAGAGAAGAAACAGAAGAAGAGAAAGAAAAGUGCAGCGGAGAGUUCUGGAGAUGUGAACACCUCAGUCCAGCAAGAACCGUCUGGAGUGGAGGAUGAAAACGGCCUCGACGGAGAGGAAGAACUGAGUCCUGAGGAGAGACGAGUGCUGGAGAGGAAGUUGAAGAAGAUUAUGAAAAAGGAGGAGAAGAGGAAGCUGAAGGAAAAAGGCAAAAGCACAAAUCCGGAAAAGGUCAAGACGAGUGUUGCAGAGACGCAGGCGCUGGAAUACCUCACAUGUUGGUCUAAGAAACGAGAAGCGUGGAAGUUUAAUAAAUCCAGGCAAACGUGGUUAUUGCAAAACAUGUAUGACAGCGUGAAGGUGUCUGAUGAUCAUUUUGAGAUGCUGUUACCGUAUAUUGACGGUCUACAAGGACUGGCACGAUCCUCCACACUGCAGAAAGCUGAAGCGAUUGUGCGUUGGGAAGGACAAGGAGAAGAGGCAGAUACAGCAGAUGCUGAGAAGAAGCAACAGAGAGCCAAACAGGUCGUCCAGAUGCUGUGAUGGACACGUUCAUUAAACAAAACAUCAAAAUUAUACGUUUUCUGUCUCUUUGUGAAUUUAUACAUUUUCACCCAUUCAAAUGAGUAGUCAUGAUGUCUUUGUAUAUGUAAACCUUGACAUUCCAUAAAAUAAAAUGAUUACUUUGUUUGGUUUUAA